AUGAAGACCUUCUACAAUGUCUACGCUAUAUGCGGUUUCGCCGCCAUUGGUGGUGGGCUGUUCGGUUUCGACAUCUCAUCCAUGUCUGGUGUCCUAGGAACGGCGGCUUACAAGAACUACUUUGGCCAACCCAGCGGCUAUCGUCAAGGUGGUAUUACGGCUUCUAUGCCCGCAGGCUCACUGGUCGGCGCGCUAAGCUCUUCUUUCCUGGCUGAUCACCUCUCGCGCCGCACUGCUAUCCAAAUCGCCGCUCUGGUCUGGAUGAUUGGCGCCAUACUCCAGGCAGCAUCCAAUGGUAUCCCUCUCCUUUGCGUCGGCCGUGUCGUUGGUGGCUGGUCUAUUGGUGUCUGCUCCGCCAUUGUCCCUGUCUACCAGGCAGAGAUCGCCCCCAAGAACAUCCGCGGCCGUGUCGUGUCCCUUCAACAGUGGGCCAUCACCUGGGGUAUUCUGAUCCAAUACUUCAUUCAAUAUGGCUCAUCAUUCUAUGAUGGCGGCGCAAAGAAUCCGACACAGGGCACUGCAGCCUUCCGCAUUCCUUGGGGCAUUCAAGCUGUUCCUGGCGCCAUCCUUCUUAUCGGCAUGUUCUUCUUCCCCUUUUCUCCUCGUUGGCUCGCUUCCAAGGAUCGCUGGGAGGAGGCUCUAACGGUCCUGGCAAAUCUCCACGGUGGUGGCGACAUCAACCACCCCGCUGUCCUUGCAGAGUACAAGGAGAUCGAAGAAGCUCUUCGCUUUGAGCGCGAGCAGGCCGAGACUAGCUUCGGCGCUCUCAUAAAGCCUCGUAUUAUCAAGCGUGUUAUUCUCGGCAUGUCGAUCCAGAUGUGGUCGCAGCUGUGCGGUAUGAACAUCAUGAUGUACUAUAUUGUUUUCAUUAUGCGUGGAGCCGGUAUCGCCGAUGAACUUCUCACUGCAUCCAUUCAGUACAUCAUCAACGUCGCCAUGACUCUACCUGCUAUCCUUUACCUCGACAAAUUUGGUCGACGCCCUGCACUCCUCACUGGAUCUUUCUUGAUGGCAGUGUGGCUUUUCACUGUUGGUGCACUUCAGGCAUCCUACGGUAACCCAAACCCAGACAAGGCCGAUAAAGACAUCUCCUGGGUCGUUCCCAAGGAGCAUAGCGCCGUCUCCAAGGGUAUAGUAGCAUGCUCCUAUCUGUUUGUCGCCACUUUUGCCACGACCUGGGGCCCAACCUCCUGGGCCUACCCAUCGGAAAUCUUCCCCGCCAAGGUCCGCGCGAAGGCAGUUUCGCUCGCUACAGCCUUCGCCGUACCGCCGCUUCUGUGGAGCAUCAACUGGAAGAUGUACAUGAUCUUCGGUACCUUCAACGCAGUCGCAUUCAUCCACAUGUUCCUCACCGCACCUGAGACGAAGGGUCGCACGCUUGAGGAAAUGGAUAUCGUGUUCGACUCGGGCAUCCCGGCUUGGAAGGCUGGACAGGUUCAAGGGAGGUUUGACCAGAUCAAAGCCGAUAUCGAGGCUGGCAACCUCAAGGUUGCAACUGGUCGUGCUUCGAGCAUUGAGGUUGAGCCGAAGGUUUAG